AUGGCGUGCAUUCCCCUUCCCCGGAUAGCCUCCGCUGUUUCCCCCGUGCGCGCCUCCCUCCGCCUUUCGUUCGCCCCGAACAUCCCGGACCUUUUCUCCGCCGCGCAGGCAUCGGCGCACGCUGCGCUCGUUCCCCUUCCCUCGCCGCAUUCCCCCAAUCGGCGCUCAGACCUUCCCGCAGAUCGCCGGCGGAACUCCGCUUUCCGCGAGGCUCCGCAGCGGCAUUCCGCGGCAUUGGCGGGGGGUGUAGACCAGCGCGCGUGGCAGAUGCGGGAGCCGUACGAGGUGGCGAUGAAGGUGCGCGACUACGAGUUGGACCAGUACCGCGUCGUCAACAACGCCACCUACGCCAGCUACUGCCAGCACGCGCGGCACGAGUUCCUGGCGUCCAUAGGGCUGGCGGCGGACGAGGUGGCGCGCACAGGGGACGCACUCGCCCUCGCCGAGCUCUCCCUCAAGUACCUCAACGCGCUGCGCAGUGGCGAUGAGUUUGUGGUGACGGCGCGGGUGUCGGGCACAACAGCAGCGCGAGUGUUCAUAGAGCACACCAUCUACAGACUGCCGGAUAAAGAGCGGGUGCUACAGGGGCAGGCGACGGUGGUGUUUCUGGACAAGGCAUACCGCCCCACACGCGUGCCCGCGCUCUUUAAAGCCCGCCUCACCCAGUUCCUCCGCGCCCAGCAGCAGCAGCAGCAGCAGCAGCAGCAGCAGCAGCAGCAGUAG